GAGGGGCCUCCCCUCCACCUCGAUCACCACCCUCCCGUUCAUUUCCACCUCCAAUUCUCUCCUGGUGGUCGCGGCAUCCUCCUCGCCUUCGAUCUCCUUCGCCUCGUGCCCGGCGGCCAGUCGGGCAGUCGUCUGAAUCCUUCCUACUCGCGCGGGCUAGCUCGAUGGCCAUGGCGAACAACCCCACGAAAUCCGGACACUACGCGCAGAACAAGGGCCGGUCGCUGCCCAAGUUCGGGGAGUGGGACGUGAAGAACCCGGCCACGGCCGACGGCUUCACCGUCAUAUUCCAGAGAGCCCGCGACGACAAGAAGACGACCGCUGGCCCCGGGAGGCCGGGCAUCCCGCCGGCCUUGAGGAACGCCGACGGCCGCUACGGCACCAUCAAAACCGGCAACGGCUACCAGUACGCCAGGGUGGCGACACCCAAACGGUCCAAGAAGAAGAGCUGGUUCUCCUGCACCAGCUGCCGAUUCUGAUGCCGUAGCUGCUUGCCGUCGUUGGUGAGAGAGAUCCGUUACUUCGCCGCGCCACGACCAGAAGCACGUACUCGACGGGAGGCGACGGUGGGAUUUUUGGCGAUCGUGGUGGCUUUGUCCCUGCUCGGUCGCCGCAUUUGACGUGCAGUACAUCAUCGACGAGUGAUGUCACCGUUGAUCUGUAUGAAUAAUUUGUGUCGAAUAAAAGGGGGGAAGUGAGUGACUAGUGAAGUAAAACGACCUGUAACUUGUUACCCUAUUCUUUUGCAAAUGUUCAUGCUAAUCAUGUCAUAAACACGAACUGUUCGCU